UGGCUGACGAAAUUAUUUGUCAAACAUCUGCCAAAAACCCCGAUUUAUAAAUAACCAAAAAAUAGAUUUCCGUUAAAUUGAAAGUGAAAAUAAAUAAAUGAGAUCGUCGCUUGAAAAUGUCCUGGUCGGCCGGCGGUGUUAGAAUGCCCCUGCCCGUGUAUGCAUGGCGGACAAGACAGUAAGCUUCAAUGCACAUUGCAAUCUGUGCGACUCCCACUUGGAGGCCAUCGCAAAAUGGCUGAGCUGCAACGGAGAGGUGUGGGGAGUGGGGCCCACGGCGGUGUUCGCGAGUGCUGCGGCCCUGUUUCUGUACAACGAGCUGGAAGCCACGGUCUUCAUAGCUGGAGACCACGCGCAUGUCUCGCUGCUGGAGAAGACGCUUAUUUCGACUAUGGUACUUGGCAUGCUGGCGCUGAUGAUUCAUUUGUGGGUCUGCUCCAUGAGAUUUUUCCAAUAUUACUUGGAUACGCUUAUUAGAGACAGUCCAAAUAUGCUGCUGGAGAUGACGACAGCCGGCCUGCUGGGAGGCCAGACCGAGAUCGUGCCUCUGGGCCCUCUCACCCGCUUCCUCCGGCAGCAGCAGCCGCAGAUCCACAUCACCGUGUGCUGGUUCCUCUCGCUGUGCUACGCCGACUACGUCAGGAAGCACUACUGCCAGCGGUUCAACAUGCCUUACUUGGAGCAGUGGCAAACCGAACUGCACGAGCGCGCGGCGCGCGGCGUGCACCGCACAAUGGAGAAGGUGAACAGUUUCGUCGGCUCCGUCCAUCAACGGCUGCGUGGAUUCGCGCCACCCGCGCCGCCGACGACUGAGGCGCACACGUAA